CUCAUCUAACGUUUUUCUCCAAAGGAUAAACAACCUGUUUACAUUUAAAAGGAAAAAAAAGAACGGGGAAAGCUGCUACAACUUGGGAGAAAUGACUUCAUUCAAUCCAAAUAUCAGUAACGUAACUCCAGAGAUUGACGAUGACCAGCCUCGAGAUCACAACCUGGUGAAAGUUGAAAUAGCCCUUCUAGGCAUUAUUUUCUUUAGUGCUGGCAUCCUUAACUCCGCGCUUUUGUUUGUACUGUGGAAGAGAAGGAAACAGCUUUCCAGAAUGCGCGUCUUCGUCUUUCACCUCUGCUUGGCGGAUUUGGUGGUUGCGUUUUUCCAAGUGUGUCCGCAGCUCAUGUGGGACAUCACGGACCGGUUCAUAGGACCCGACCUGUUGUGCCGGUUUGUGAAGUAUAUGCAAAUAGUUGGCAUGUUCUCGUCUACCUACAUGAUCGUGGUGAUGACUAUUGACCGCUAUCAGGCCAUCUGCAACCCCAUGGUCACGUUCCAGAGAGGCCGAGCGCGCUUGAAUAUCCCUGUUUGCGUGGCUUGGGCUAUAUCGCUCGUCGGGGGCAUUCCUCAGAUCUUCAUCUUUUCCCGGGUUCAAGUCGCUCCUGGUGUGUUUGACUGCUGGGCUGAAUUCAUAAAGCCUUGGGGACUAAAAACCUACGUGACAUGGACGACACUAGUCAUUUUUGUACUACCCGUUUUCACUUUGAUUGUGUGCCAGGUGCGCAUCUGCAGAGCCAUACAGAUAAACCUGUACACCAAGACACACCAGGAAGUCGAAUCCGCGGUAACCAACGCACCUGCUUCCAGGGCCAGUAGCGUGGUGGGGGUGUCCAAAGCAAGAAUAAAGACCGUGAAGAUGACCGUGGUGAUUGUGCUGGCGUACAUAAUCUGCUGGGCUCCGUUCUUCACGGUUCAGCUCUGGUCCGUAUGGGACGCGAAUGCACCCACUGAAAACGCGACUUUCACCAUCCUGAUGCUUUUGGCCAGUCUGAACAGUUGCGCCAACCCCUGCAUCUACCUGCUAUUCAGCGGGCAACUGCCGAAGAGACUGGUGAUGUUACUGUGCAGGAAUCAGUCCAAGCUAAAACAUUCCAUUCCCGACGAAGGCACAAUGGUCAGCUCUCUCUACACGAGCUUCAAGAUCGCGUCGGAAUCGAGAUAAAUUGUGCUGUGAGACACGCUCUUUUUGCAAGCUCGCUCCUUCCAUAAAGAGCUGCGGGAGUAUGGUUUGAAACAGCACCACGACACUACUGUUAAUCACAAGCAGGCACGUUCUCUAUUUCCAUUCAUGAGUUGUACAUCGAGGACCAUGCGCAGGCGUAAUGCUGUAUGACGAAUUAUUAUUAUUAUUAUUAUUAUUAUUAUUAUUAUUAUUGUUGUUGUUGUUGUUGUUGUUGUUAUUGUUGUUGUUGGCCACAAAGGACAGCAUCGUUAUCUGUGUAAUUAAUGUCGAUCACGUUGCAAAUAUACCGAUGCGUCCUGUGCAAAAGGCAUGGCGGAGACGGUGAUAGCCUCAAAGCUAUCGACAAGGUCCAGGGCUGGUUGCGAAUUUGUAAAUAGCCUGAUCUUCUCCGUGCAAAACAUUGCCUUUGUUUAAGGCUAUGUGUAUGAUAAUAUAGUGUUGUAAUAAUAUAAUUCGACUGUGGAAUAAAGUUGGCUAAAGUGCAAACAUGCUUCUAU